AUGGUUGCCAUACUUGCAAGCGGCCUGUUCACACUCGUGAUCCUGGCUCUUGUGUCGGCAUAUUGGGCCUGGCUCCAAGAGUUUUGCAAGAAAAUGGUCCGGGAUGGGACACUUGGCGGCAUGCCAUGCGUUUGCUAUGCACAGCAAGAGGUCGCGAAUUCUGACAUGAUGGCGGCAAAGGAGGGCAAGGAAGGAGUCCAGGCGGCUGUCGACCCACACAUGCUGCAGUACUAUGAGUCUUAUUACCAGUCUUUGGGAUACCCACCAGGCACCGCAACACAGGUACUUGGCGGUGUUGCAGCUAACGCUCAGCAUCAAAUGGCGCUUCCAGCGCCGAUGAUGCCAGGUGCUAUGAUGCAGGCUGCCCCACCAGGCACGCCAGCUUUGCAGGACUCGGCUUGGAUGCAGCCCAGACCAAUGGGGCUUCCGCUGGCAUUGCCACCUUCGCGCCACCCUGGCAUGAUGGCGCCGCCAACGCCGCAGAAUCGUGGACGCUCACCUCGAGGAAACGAGACCGGCAAGAGCUUCGGUGACCUGGUUUCGGAGACCAACAGGCGGCCGUCCAGGCAGCUGCCGCUCUUUACGGACACUUCCUUGCCACGUAUGCCGACGCCAACAGCCACACCUCGUGGUGUCGCCACACCUCGUGGGGGUGAGGAAGCAACUUUGGCCUUGGAAGAUGGCAACACUGACGAGGCCGCUGCAGGGGAGGAAGUCACUGUCACCGUCUCCAAGAGCCUCGAGGACGUGAAAGAGCCUCAGCAUCGGCCAUCCACCGCAGACUCAGUUCUCAGCUGCCUGUCGGACUCCACCGCAGGCUCAGGCCCUAGCCGACCUGGCACAGGUGACACAGCAAAGCCAUCGGAUGCCGAGGGUAAGCCGCUGUCUCCUGUCCAAGAAGAGCAAGAAGAGGAGGACAAGGAAGGAAGUAAAGACACUCAGACUCCUCGCAGUUUCCGAACCUUCUUCAACGACAGGGUCACCAAGCUGCUCUCCAACAAGGAGGGCACGGAGCCUGAGCGGAAACUCUUCGGGUCAGCCGGGGGCAGCUUCAGCGGUUUCUUCGGUCAAUUUGGUGAUGCAUCCGCCAGUGUCAGCAAGGAGGUUCCGCCUGAUCAGGAGGUGCAAGGAGAUGAAGCCGACGAGGCUGCAAAAGCUGAGAAGGACGAGGCUGAGCGCCUCGCUGCAGAGGAGCAGGCAGCUGCAGAGGCACAAAGAAGAGCUGAAGCUGAGGCUGAGCGGGCGGCCGCUGAGAGAGCGGCUGCCGAGAAAGCCGAGGCAGACAGGCUAGAAGCUGAGCGCCUUGCAGCGGAAAGAGACGAGGCCGCAAGAAGAGCAGCUGAAGAGGCCGAAAGACUCAAACGACUCGAGACAGACAGACUGGCUGCAGAGGCUGCGGAACGGGAAGCAGCCGCUAGAGCUGCAGCUCAAAUUGCCGAAGCAGACAGGCUCGAGUCAGAGCGCUUGGUGGCUGAACGAGCGGCUGCCGAAAAAGCAGAGGCGGACAGACUAGAAGUUGAGCGUCGCGCAGCAGAAGCCGAGCGUCUCGCAGCUGAAAGAGUGGAAGCUGCGAGAAGGGCAGCUGAAGAGGCCGAACGACUGGCUGCAGAAGCUGCGCAACGGGAAGCCGCAGCUAGAGCUGCAGCUCAAAAGGCAGAAGCAGACAGGCUAGAGUCAGAGCGCUUGGCGGCCGAACGAGCAGCUGCUGAGAAAGCCGCUGCUGAGCAAGCUGCUGCUGAGAAAGCUGCUGCCGAAAAGGCUGAGGCAGAAAGGAGGGAAGCUGAACGGUUGGAGAGGGAGGCAGCUGAAAAGGAAGCUGCAGAAAAGGCGGCACAGGCGGCGCGGGCGGCGCAGGCGGCAGCGGAGCGUGGCGUUUCGCCCAGAACCGGGAAGGCACCGCCACCACCCCCUCCCAAAGCCGGGGGAGAGGCCAGCCGUAGUGGAUCCAAAUCCUCUGCCGGUGACCGACGACCACCUCCUCCACCUCCAAAGGGCAAGCCGGCAGUGCCGGGACCCAACUUGUCAGUGGAGACAGAUCCGGAUGCCACGAUCGGGUCAGCAUCUGCCAGUCCAGCAGGCUGGAAUCGAGCAGACCAUUCUCUAGCUGGGCUUUGGCAUUCACAGCAGCAGACCCCUUCUGGCAGUGCCGCUCCUUCGCCUUUGGCAAGCAUGGCAGCAGCGGACGGGGCAGAGGUGCAGGCAGAGUCACCGGCAGGCUCCGCCCCAAACACAGAGCGAAUGAUGGGGAGACCGCCCCGUGGUCCUGGUCCAAUGAUGCCUGGUCCGGGCUUGAACGUCGAGACCGACUUUGAAGAUACCUUGAAGUCGAAUGUCUCCAUGUCGUCAGAUUCGCCUAGCAAUCGCAGGACCUUGAUGCAGUUCAGCUUGCCAGGGUUGCAUCUGUGA